UUGCCUCCCAGCUGAUGCGCACAGCUCCGCGGUUCUUCUAAAAAAAAAACUCCUCUUCAUCCCGGGCUAGAACGACAGUUUUUUGGGGGGACCUCCUUCGUCCUCCUCUCCACCGAAUCUUCUCGUCGGUCCCGACGGAGGAGGCUCUGAAGUGCCGGGGACGAGAGGACCGGAGGACGGCAGCGCAGGACGCCGCAGUCGGUCAACUACUUGGCGGUGGUCUGCAGGCAGCAGGGACGCAAGUUUGGUCCAAAUCCGUGGUCUCCUCGCCACCUCCGAGCGAAGAUGGACUUCCCGGACGAGCUCCUGCUGGCCGAGCUGAGCCACCUGCAGCUCUACAACGACUCCUUCUUCCACAACAACUUCAGCGGCGCCUACAACGAGACGGACGCCCUGCUGCCCACCAGCGUGAAGGUGACCAUCGUCAUGGUCUACAUGAUCGUGUGCGUGGUCGGCCUGGUGGGCAACUUCCUGGUCAUGUACGUCAUCAUCAGAUACACCAAGAUGAAGACGGCCACCAACAUCUACAUCUUCAACUUGGCUCUGGCCGACUCUUUGUUCCUCGCCACUUUACCUUUCCAGGGCACCGACGUCUUUCUGGGCUUCUGGCCGUUUGGCAACGCUCUGUGCAAAGCAGUGGUGUCCAUCGACUACUACAACAUGUUCACUAGCACUUUCACGCUCACCGUCAUGAGCAUGGACCGCUACGUGGCCGUCUGUCACCCCGUCAAAGCUCUCGACAUGAGGACGCCUCACAAGGCCAAAGUGGUGAACAUCUGCGUGUGGGUGUUGGCUUCAGCGUUCGGCGUUCCGGCCAUGGUGAUGGGAAACGUGGAGGAGGAACAAGAGCAUAACAGCGUGGAGUGCAUCGUGGUCCUGCCGGAGCCGCGCAGCCACUGGGACCCGGUCUUCGGCACGUGCGUCUUCCUCUUCUCCUUCCUCAUCCCGGUGGCCAUCAUCAGCGUGUGCUACAGCCUGAUGGUCAAGCGCCUGCGCAGCGUGCGCAUCCUGUCGGGCUCCAAGGAGAAGGACCGCAACCUGCGGCGCAUCACCCGCAUGGUGCUGGUGGUGGUGGCCGUGUUCGUGGUGUGCUGGACCCCCAUCCAGAUCAUGGUCCUGGCCCAGUCCCUGGGCUUCAACCUGAGCAGCCUGUCCACGCUGGUCCUCAUGCACUUCUGCAUCGCGCUGGGCUACGUCAACAGCAGCCUCAACCCCGUGCUCUACGCCUUUCUGGACGAGAACUUCAAGCGCUGCUUCCGCGAGUUCUGCCAGCCCUCGCCGUUCCGCCUGGACACGCAGCAGUCGGGCCGCAUGCGGAGCAUCGCCAGGGAGGUGGCGGCCGCCUACAGCUGCAAGGCCGGCGACGGCGGCCGGCCCGGCGGCGGCACGCCCAAUCCCGCGUGACUAGGCGUGGAGCUGCCCCUGGUGGGGGUGGACCACCAGCAGAGGGGCGACACGCCGGGGACGGGGAACUCCAACACGGAGCUGACUCAGAUCACGGCGCUCUAGCGCCACGAGCCCCCCCGGCCCCCGACCCGACGGCUGGCCUGGGGCGGGGGGGAGUCCGACGAGGACGACGCCGCCGACGGGAAAAGGAUCUGAGGACAACCCCGAGGAGGACGCUGUUCCGACUUUUGGUGCUUUUUAAAACUUGGAGGCGGGGCUUGUAACAGGAAGUGUCGUGUGUACAUGCCUUGAAAGGACAUGAAGGAAAGACAUGGUAUGUACACUAUUUUAAACCCCACGAGGCGUUCAGGAAACUGGGAAUUCCAAACUUCGGCCUCCACUUUGCGUUUAUGGCUCGGCCAUAAACGUGCGUUUAUAAAACUUGGAGGCGGGGCUUGUAACAGGAAGUGUCGUGUGUACAUGCCUUAAAAGGACAUGAAGGAAAGACGCGGUAUGUACACUAUUUUAAACCCCACGAGGCGUUCAGGAAACUGGGAAUUCCAAGCUUUCGGACUCCGCUUUGCGUUUAUGGCUCCGCCAUAAACAUGCUUUUUGAAACUUGGAGGCGGGGCUUGUAACAGGAAGUGUCGUGUGUACAUGCCUUAAAAGGACAUGAAGGAAAGAACGCGGUAUGUACACUAUUUUAAACCCCACGAGGCGUUCAGGAAACUGGGAAUUCCAAGCUUUCGGACUCCGCUUUGCGUUUAUGGCUCGGCCAUAAACGUGCUUUUUGAAAUUUGGAGGCGGGGCUUUUAACAGGAAGUGUCGUGUGUACAUGCCUUAAAAGGACAUAAAGAAAGAACGUGGUAUGUACACUAUUUUUAACCCCACGAGGCGUUCAGGAAAUUGGGAAUUCCAAGAUUUCGGGCUCCGCUUUGUGUUUAUGGCUCGGCCAUAAACGUGCUUUUAUAAAACUUGGAGGCGGGGCUUGUAACAGGAAGUGUCGUGUGUACAUGCCUUAAAAGGACAUGAAGGAAAGACGCGGUGUGUACACUAUUUUAAACCCCACGAGGCGUUCAGGAAACUAGGAAUUCCAAGCUUUCGGACUCCGCUUUGCGUUUAUGGCUCGGCCAUAAACGUGCUUUUUGAAACUUGGAGGCGCGGCUUUUAACAGGAAGUGUCGUGUGUACAUGCCUUAAAAGGACAUAAAGAAAGAACGCGGUAUGUACACUAUUUUUAACCCCACGAGGCGUUCAGGAAAUUGGGAAUUCCAAGCUUUCGGACUCCGCUUUGUGUUUAUGGCUCGGCCAUAAACGUGCUUUUAUAAAACUUGGAGGCGGGGCUUGUAACAGGAAGUGUCGUGUGUACAUGCCUUAAAAGGACAUGAAGGAAAGACGCUGUAUGUACACUAUUUUAAACCCCACGAGGCGUUCAGGAAACUAGGAAUUCCAAGCUUUCGGACUCCGCUUUGCGUUUAUGGCUCGGCCAUAAACGUGCUUUUUGAAACUUGGAGUCGGGGCUUGUAACAGGAAGUGUCGUGUGUACAUGCUUUAAAAGGACAUAAAGAAAGAACACGGUAUGUACACUAUUUAAAACUCCACGAUGUAUUCAGGAAACUGGGAAUUCCAAGACUUCGGACUCCACUUAUAAACGUGCUUUUUGAAACUUGGAGGCGGGGCUUGUGACAGGAAGUGUUUUGUGUACAUGCCUUAAAAGGACAUUAAGGAAAGACACUAUUUUAAACUCCAGGAGGCAUUCGGGAAACUGGGAAUUGCAAGCCUUCAGACUCCCACUUUGCGUUUAUGGCUCGGCGAUGAACGUACUUAUUAAAACUUGGAGGCGGGGCUUGUGACAGGAAGUGUCGUGUGCACAUGCCUUAAAAGGACAUGAAGGAAAUACGCGGUAUGUACACUAUUUAAA